UUCAGCCCAGCAACCUGCUCUGAAAUCUCUUGGAUUACAAAAGAAGAAGGGGACAAGGAGGCACUUCCAUUGCUUUGGCAGCAUCAGCGCGAGAAGGCUCCAGCGUUGAUCGGCAACAGCUCCGACUCCACCACAAGCGAAGUCGCUUCUUCCAAAUCUCCCAAGUGAUCCAACUUUGACGAGACAAGAAUGGCCAGCGGAGGUCUUCAGAUGCUGGGCUUCAUCCUGGCGUUAGUUGGCUGGGCGGGCAUCAUCGUCAGCACGGCCAUGCCCCAGUGGAAAAUCUCCUCUUACGCCGACUCCAACAUCGUGACUGCCCAAGCCAUCUACGAGGGCCUCUGGAUGACCUGCGUCAUGCAGAGCACAGGACAGAUGCAGUGCAAAGUCUUCGACACCUUGCUCAAGUUGGAAGGAACCCUGCAGGCCACCCGGGCCUUGAUGGUGAUCAGCAUCCUCUUGGGCCUCAUUGGCUGCUUCGUUGCCAUGAUCGGAAUGAAAUGCAUGAAAUGCAUGGAGGAUGACGAGGUCAAGAAGAUGAGGAUGGCCGUCUUCGGAGGCAUCAUCUUCCUUGUUACAGGGUUCGCUGCCUUGGUGGCCUCAUCUUGGUAUGGACACCGUGUCGCUCAGGACUUCUUCAACCCUUACACACCAGUCAACACCAGAUAUGAAUUUGGACAAGCGCUCUUCGUCGGUUGGGCAGCCGCGUCCCUGACCCUCUUGGGCGGGGCCUUCCUUUGCUGUUCUUGUCCCCGAAGAGAAACCUCCUACCCAUCAACUCGGCCGUACCCAAAGAGCGCCCCGUCAGCUGGGAAAGAUUAUGUAUAAUACGGGAAGGAGUUGGAGAAACGACCUUGGCAUUGAAGAACCCAAAGGGACAUCGCUUUACCACUGUCCUUCCGGGAGCAAAGCGUACAGCUUUGGCACGCUUCUCUCCUUCCCAUAAAAUCGACGUGUAUAUUUAUAAAAUAGAUAUAUAUGUAUAACCAUUUCUGUUCCUGGACGGGCAGUUCUUCCUUGCCUUUCCAUCUGAUAAGGAAGUCCAGCCGCAAACAUGUAGAUACCCAAAAUGGGAUGGCAAGAUAGCAACCAGGUGUAGGGAAAAUAUGUAUAUCUCCCUUCACUGGGAGUAAAAAAGUGACGGCCACCCAAAAUGUGUCCACUUUUUCCUCUGUUUAUUCUCUUAAAGUGUUUGGGCCAUUGUGCGUGGCCGCGUC